CUCCUGAGCUACCACGACCACCAGAUCAUCCGCCCUGGGCCUCCUGAGCUCCAGCAAAGAGUCGGGUUCACCUCUGCAGACCCCAGUCUGUACGAUGCCUCCAUGCAGCUUCGCGACGUGCAGGUCACCGACUCGGCCACGUACGAGUGCACCGUGAAGAAAACCACCGAGGCCACCCACAAAGUGACCAUCACCGUACAAGAACGGCCAGCGGUUCCUCAGUGCUUGAUAAUUGGCGAUGUGGGUUAUGGGAAUGACAUCACUUUGCGCUGCUUUGCCUCGGCGGGCUCCCCGCCACUCACCUACCGUUGGACCAUGACACACGGGCAGGGCUUCAGAGACUGGAUGUCUCCCAGUGAGAUAGGAUCUGUGCCUGGAGACCUUCACAUCUACGGCCUGAGGGAGGAGCAUCUGGGCACUUACCGGUGCAGCGUGGGUAACAAUGUGGGCGUGGCCUAUUGCUCCGUGGACAUCGUCAUAGGCGGGUGGGGCAGCGGCUGGAUCAUCGGGGGAUCGGUCCUCAGCUGCCUCCUCGGCAUGGCCCUGAUCAUCGGCGGCAUCGUCUGGUGCAUCUGGUGCUGCCGGGGGAACGGAUGCUGCGGGUCGGGCGUGGGCUGCUACUGCGGGGACCGCUACUGCUGGGACUGUUGCUGCAACGGCGGGGGCGUUAAGGAGGAGGAGCCAGAGUACCAGGGGACCAAAGGCAAUGACAUCCGCGUCGAUGCCGAAGCUCCGCUGAGCAGACCAGGUAGCCAGGCCUUCAGCCGAGCAAGCAGCAUGCAUUCCCUCAUCCCCUACCAAACACGGAGCGGGGCCCAGUACACUAAAGGCCGCAAGCAUAUCCCCCCCAUCGUUCAGAGCGAUGCGCCUGACCCCAUCUACACCAUCAAGGGGAGGUCGCCCUACACCCCAGUGAACUCCUCCCCCAUCUACACCAAGACUAGGCAGUCCAACAACUCGCCUUCCCAAGCCCACAUCUACACCGACCCGCGCAAUUACAACCCUCCCGCUUCGGACUCAGACAGCACCCAGUGGAACGACGGAAGUACCCCCAGAUCUUACAACGGCGCCGUGGUCAUGAUGCGAUCG